AUGGGCUCUGUGGAGAAACUUAAAACUAGGCUAGGACCUCUUUUUCGGGUUAUACUAUCUCAUACAAUUAGAAAAACUUCAUAUUCAACUAAUACAGGGUUGUUACGUGAUAUCAAUGUAUUAGAUUUGUCAAGAAUAAUAGCAGGACCAUUUUGCACCAUGACUUUAGCGGAUUUGGGUGCUAAUAUUAUAAAAGUGGAAAGUUUUGAUGGGGAUGAAGCCAGGAAGUGGGGACCACCUUUCACAGAAGGAAAUGACUCAUAUUAUUUUCUAUCCGUAAAUAGAGGCAAAAAAAGUAUAUGUAUUGAUUUGAAGUCUCUACAAGGGAAAGAUAUUAUUUAUGACUUAGCUACAAAGUGUGAUGUCCUCGUUGAAAACUUUCUCCCAGGAAAGUUGGAUAAAUUAGGAGUUGGGUAUAAGAAACUGAGUGAAGUUAACCCAAAACUUAUAUAUUGUGCAAUAACAGGCUUUGGACCAACAGGACCUUAUAGCAUGAAACCUGGUUAUGAUGUCAUUGCAGCAGCAAUGGGAGGGUUUCUUAAUUGUACUGGUGAAAAAGAAGGUGGUCCGGUAAAAGCUGGAGUAGCAAUUACAGAUGUUACUACUGGUUUACAUGCAUUUGGAGCCAUUAUGACAGCACUAUAUUAUAGAAAGAACACUGGAAAUGGACAGAAGAUCGACUGCAACUUACUCUCAACACAAAUAUCUAGUAUGAUCAACAUAGCCAAUAAUUAUUUAAACUGUGGUAUUGAAGGACAACGAUGGGGUACGGCUCAUGCUAAUUUAGUCCCAUACCAAGCAUUUAAAACAAAUGAUGGAGAAAUUGUUAUUGGUACAGGAUCUAAUGCACAGUUUGCAGAUUUCUGUAAAAUUAUAAACAGAGAAGACUUAAUAGAUGAUGAGAGGUUUAAGAAUAACUCGGAACGAGUUGAAAACCGUAAAGAGAUAGUAAAAAUAAUAAGUGAUAUCAUAAUAACAAAGUCAAAGAGAGAAUGGACAGAACUUUUUAAAACUGCUACAUUUCCUAAUGGGCCUGUUAAUACAAUGAAAGAUGUGUUUGAUGAUGAACAUGUAAAAGAUAUAAAAUUGGUAAAGGAAAUAGAACACCCAGAUGCUGGGAUAAUUAAGAUGGUUGGACCACCCACUGUUUAUUCGGAGGGGGGAAAUGAUGUUAGAUUACCUCCCCCCACAUUAGGUCAGCACACUCGAGAUAUAUUGUCUAACUUUCUAGGUUAUGCUGAUAUAAAAAUUGAAGAGCUGAUUCAUAAUGAGGUUAUAAGAUAA